AUGACACUUCAAUGGGUGGCAGUUGCAACCUUCCUUUAUGCUGAAAUAGGACUCAUUUUAAUCUUCUGUCUCCCCUUUAUUCCUCCUCAGAGAUGGCACAAGAUUUUUUCAUUUCAUGUGUGGGGUAAAAUUGCAAGUUUUUGGAACAAGGCUUUCCUUACUAUAAUAAUACUAUUGAUUGUUCUGUUUCUAGAUGCCGUGAGAGAAGUAAGAAAGUAUUCUGCUAAUACCAUUGAGAAGAGCUCAACUGGUAGACCUAGUGCCUAUGAACAUACACAGAUGAAACUUUUUAGAUCUCAAAGAAAUCUUUACAUUUCUGGAUUUUCACUCUUCUUUUGGCUAGUAUUAAGACGUCUGAUUUCCCUUAUUACUCAACUGGCAAAAGAACUGUCAAACAAAGGAGCAAUUAAAACACAAACAGAAAAUACUAAUAAAGCUGCCAAAAUAUUCAUGGAAGAAAAUGAGAAACUAAAAAAGUUAUUAAAAACCCAAACUAAGGGAGAGCACCACAUAUUGGAAACUGAAAAUAAAAAACUUCUAGAAGACCAAGAAAAACUGAAGGUUGAAUUGAAGAAGACAUCAGAUGCCCUUUCUAAAGCACAAAAUGACGUGAUGACAAUGAAGAUGCAAUCAGAGACACUUUCAAAAGAAUACGACCGACUCCUAAAAGAACACUCAGAACUUCAGGAUCGUGUAGCAAGAGACAGUAAGAAAGAUCUGUGA